AUGCAGCCAAGGAGCCCUAGAAUUCCUUUUCAUAUUUCAUAUUCGGAUAUUGUGUUUGUAGACACUUGCCAAUCGGACCAUAACACUGUUACGUACAGUUAUUUGUGGACCAUCGAAAACUAUCAAGCCUACAGCGAAGAACAAAUAACAUAUUCACCCCAUGAAACCCUUACUAAUGAAAUCGAGUUUAAAUUAGAAUUAGAAACUCCUAAGCACUCUUAUGAUUUAAGUGUUCAUUUCGUACCAAAGUGUUCGGGAAAGGAGCGAUUUAAAUGCAAGGUCUGCGUAUGGAUACCAGCAGACAAAGAGAAAAGCAAAUCAUUCAAAAUUCUGACUUUGCCCGAAAGUGCAAAAUUUGAUUUGAUAAAAUAUAAUAAACUAUCAGAUAACAGUGAAAUUCUGUUGGAAGGAGACAAGUUAACCAUAGCGUGUGAGAUAAUUAUAUUUAAAUCUUCGAUUCCGGUUCUAGAAUCUAAAUUAGCUGAUGAUUUAGGCGCUCUUCUUGAAGAGGAGACAUUAAGCGAUGUGACAAUCGUGACGGGCGAUGGACAGAAAAUAAAAGCUCAUAGGCUCAUACUUUCAGCUCGCAGCCCGGUUUUCAUGGCCAUGUUCAAGCAUCCAUCGAAGGAGAAUGAGUUGGGCUGUAUCACAAUACCCGAUUUCAAUUAUAAUGUUAUCAGGGAAAUGCUACGAUUCAUCUACACGGAUCAAAAGCCUAACAUGGCUGACAUAAUUGAGGAGCUGUUAGCCGCAGCUGACAAGUAUUGUCUCGAUAGGCUUAAAGCAAUGUGCGCCGACUUCUUGCUAUCAAGUUUGUCAGCUGAAAAUGCAGCCAAAUUACUUAAAUUGGCCGAUCUUUAUAAUAUGGAGUAUCUUAAAUCACGUGCAGUUGAGUUCAUUAAAAAAAAUAUUGACGUCGUUUGGGAGACACCGGAAUGGAAGCAGUUACUUAAUAUAAAAACAUAAUACCUCGUUUAUUGAGAAGAAAUUUGUUAUGAAUUAACGUGAAAAAACCAAAACUUAUGACUUAAUGAAAAACAGCAUUUAUAUACCAUGAAGCAUUAACCAAAUAUCACACAUAAAUAAAACUAAUCACGAUUAA